ACGAAAGAGUGGGUGAUAGAGAGAGAGAGAGAGAGAAAAUGCGAGCAGCGGGCUGAGUGUGAGGCACAUGGCCAGUGAAUGAGAGAUCUUUGCGCGAGCUCCUUCUCCCACUGUCUCCUCUCUCUGGUUGGAUUAUUGCUGAGGAAGAACCUCAUCUGGAUACUCCUCCUCCUCUUUCUCUUCUCCUUCUCUUCCCUCUCUCCUGUACUUUCCUCCCUUUCUCUAUCUCUCACUGAGGGACUCCGGCUCUCUGUCUUCCCAGAUCUCACCUCUCGUUCUCCUUUCACCCCCCUCUCCCCUGCUUCCCCCCCUCAGGAUGUCGUGUGAGGAGGCUCAGCUCCACAAAGAGAGGCUGCAGGCCUUGGCGGAGAAGCGAAAACGACAAGCUGAAAUCGAAGACAAAAGAAGCCAGCUCGAUGACCUGGUGCUACAGCUACAGCAUCUCAAGUCCAAAGCCAUGCGUGAGCGAUGGCUCCUCCAGGGAAUGGGUGUGGAGGAAGAGGAGGCACGGCGGAAACAGUUGGAACAGGAUGAAGAACAAGGGAAGAGGCUGGAAGACAUGAUACACAGGCUGGAGUCUGAAAUCGGUGCACUUGAAAGUGAAGAGUCUCAGAUCUCAGCCAAAGAGCAGGUUCUACGAGAACGGCUGAAAGAGACAGAGCGCUCGAUAGAAGACCUGCAGAAGAGUCUGAUGACCCAGGACGGAGAUGCCACCUGCUGCAUGUCCACCCCCCUCUCGGAUUGCACGGACCCCGAUCCCGACCACCUUGUCCUGGCCACGCAUCCCCGGACACCUGCCUCUGGAGAGCACGCCAUACCAAGACCUGCAAUGUUUGCCAUGGAGAUCAACGUGCAGCAUGACCCGCAGACCGGCGAGCAGCGCAUCCUGUCAGCCAACCGCGUGAGCCCAUUGGAUGCUGCAUCGCGUGGCAUCAAAGUUUAUGACGAUGGCAAAAAAGUGGUCUACGAGGUCACUUCCUCCGGGGGGGUGUCCACUACCAGUAUGGAGAAUGGUUGGAGCUCCGCGCAGGUUGACCAACUGAUCCAGCGCGCUGCCAGACCUGUCGUACGAGGAGAUGGAGGGAGGGGUCAGGUGACAGUGACCUCAGCUGCUCCACAGGCCUACGUUUCCCCAGCAGAUGUUGAUGAUCUGUCCCCACCCUCCUGCGCCCCACCAUCCAUCCCUUCCAGCCCGCCAGCCCAGGUCACCCUCCAGAGGGAGACCCGGCUGGGGAUGAUGCCCCCAUCUGCUCCUGUCACAACCCAGCCUGGAUCCUCAGUCCACCCGGGCAACGAGAUCACCUCCCCCCCUCAAGCCAGUGCAGAGCACCCAGUCACCAUGGUGUUCCUUGGCUACCAGGACGUUGACGACAUGAGCGAGAGCAGGCGGCUGCUAGGCUUUGACGGCGCCGUGAAGGCCGAGGUGGUUCUGAUUGAUGAAGACGAUGAGAAAUCGCUGAGGGAGAAGACGGUCACUGACCUAUCUGUCAUCGACGGCACAGCGGCUGACCUCGUAUCCGGGCGGCCGGCCACAUCUGAGGCCGCCAGCACGGAACUGUCUUCUGACGGCCGUGAGCCUGACAGCGCCUCCUCGCCCCCCGCGAAUCCUGACGCCAACACGGCCCCCCCACCCGGCCUCACCCCCGCCACAGGCUAUAGCCAAACACCAGAGGUUGCCGUGACAACAGCAAAUGGAUAUCAAGCUCCCAUUCUAACCAGACAUCCUCACACUGCCAUGAAAUCGUGGCAAGAAGCCGAGGAUGUCAGUGACACAAUACCAAGAGAGCGAGCCCUGAAGACCGUCAGCUUCCAAGAAUCGGUCAGCAUUAUCACUGACAAGCCUGCAACAAUGGAACUGGAGAGCCAGCAGAUCCAACAUGGCUGCCUCAGCAGCCCCAGUAACAGAGCCCACAGUGCAGCUGGUGUGAAAGUAGAGACUCCUGACAGCGAGGUGGUUCAGGAGAUCCGUUACCUGGACCAGGUGUUAGACGCAGCCUCUGAAACACCCACUAAUGGAAACUCCUCUCCGUCAGAACACACCAAAGCAAUCAGCAUCGACGGGACCUCUCCUUCUGUCUCUGUGUCAGCCUCCUCUCCUGUCAAUCACCAGCCAAUCGUUGUGGAGGGGCAGAGGCAAACAACGUUCCUCCAUCAGGACGAGUCUGCCGUGAGGACCAAUGGGCAUGUGCAGGGGGAGGAGUCGGGGCGCACCACAGCGAAGUUUGAGCUGAGAGCGUUUCACGAGGAGAAACGGCCAGCAAAACUCUUCACCCCCGGAGAGGAGCAGCAGGUCAGGGUGACGAGGAGACGACCCUCAGAGGAGGUUCAGGAGUUGGAGCGCGAGCGCCAGGAGCUGAUCAGAGACCAGGCUGUAAAGAAGAACCCUGGGAUCGCUCAGCGCUGGUGGAACCCUCCUCAGGAGGUUCCUUUGGAAGAGCAGCUGGACGCAGAGCAGCUUGAGUCUCUCAAGAAAUACCAUGAGAGAAAGCAGCAGAAACAGAAUCAUAGUUACACGUACACACAGCCCCUAGUGUCAGGUCCUCCCACAAUGGUGACCUUUGACUCAGAGCUGAGCAGGAAGGAGGACAUUGUGGAGAAACAGAUCGACUUCUCGUCAGCCAGGAAGCAGUUUCUGCAAGGAGACAAGAAGGACGUAGCCCCACAGAUAUACUCUGCCAAGCCCUUCUCGAAACCCAUAACCAGGGGCAGCCAGGGGAGCAGCGACAUUGUUGCAGAAACCGGAGAGAGUCACGUGACCUGGUCUGAUGAAGGAACUGCAGGAGAAUUCACGUGUGCGCGAGCUGUAAUGACAAUCCUGCGUGAGGAGGAGGAAGGGAAAGGUCAUUUCCACCCAGCCUUUCACCCAGAGGAGUCUGACUCAGGAUUGGACGAGCUGUCUCUCCGCUCUCAGGACACUACAGUGUGUAGCUUGGAUAAUGUUUCAGACAGCGGGGCUUCACUACCCCCUACCCCACUGCCACUUACCCCGGUGUCACCUCCUACCCCCCAGCCUACCACACCAGUCAAUGGGCAGACCAGUGGCAGUCCAACAGAAGAUGAGUUAGAGUACCACGCUGGGGUACUCGUUCAAAAUGCCAUCCAAAAUGCCCUGGCCAAUCAGAACGGAGGGGACUGGCAGCCAUCUGACUUGAAUUCCUCACAGCUCAGCACCCCUGUGUCUCCAUCCUCAGUAUCUACAAGUAGCCCAGUGCCAGUUUCCUUCUCCCCUGUGUCUUCUGGUGAAGCUCAGAGUCUCCAAUCACCUGUGUCCUCCAGUCCAGCUCUAUCCAGCCCAUCCCCUCAGCCAGACAGACGGCCAGAGGUAAGAGUUGUUUUCCAAGAGAAGCCGUCAGAAUCACAGCAGACUCAGCAGCAGCCCUCCAGUCCAGCUCAGCAACCACAGCUCCAGAAGCCUUCUCCGCCACCGUCUCAGCCCGUCUCACCUCCACAAAGACCCAAAGAUGGAGGCCCCAGGAUCAAAAUCCAGUCCUCUUACGCCAGGGCGCUCGCUUCCUCAACCCCAGCUCCAGCUCCUGCUCCUGUCUCAGCAGCUCCUGUCCCCAGGCCAACCCCAGUCUACCGUCCCCCUUCUCCUCCAAGCCCGGAGAAACCAGAGUUCAGCUACUUCAGUAAAUACUCAGAGGCAGCCGAACUGCGUAGCACAGCAGUGCCAACGCGAGGCCCUGAGGUGGAGGCAGCCAGCGGCCCGUUCCGCCUGCGAUCCAAGAAGCAGCGAACUUUGUCCAUGAUUGAGGAGGAGAUCCGAGCAGCUCAGCAGAGGGAGGAAGAGCUGAAGAAGCAGAGGGAGGCACAGCCAGUUGUUAGGGUCCGCCCCAGCAACACUUUAAGCAGCAGUCAUGGGUCUGUGAGGACAGGGAUGCGGCAAACCACCAUUUCCCCAGCAGAUAAGAUGAAGAGCAACAGCCUGCCAAGUAGACUCACACUGACAGCGAAGACAGCACCAGGAAAGAUUGAGAAGGUUCGACCUGCGCCGCCUGUCUCACCCUCACCCUCCGAAGGAGCCCUGUCUGACGCCGGUAGCGAGGACUCUGGAGGAUCACGACCCAAAAACUUCAUGCAGACGCUUAUGGAAGACUAUGAAACACACAAGGUGAAGAGGAGGGAGAAAAUGGAGGACAACAGUGUCCUGGAGGCCACUCGUGUCACCAGGAGGAAAAGCGACAUGGCGCUGAAGUGGGAAGCCGGUAUCUACGCCAAUGAGGAAGGGCAAGAGGAAGAGGAGGAAGAAGAGGAGGAAGAAGAGGAGGAGGAGUAAAUAGCUCCUUUCAGAGACAGUAAAGGGACUGAGUUAAGAGGAGGAGAAAGAGGAGGAUGAAGAGACUGAAGGAAAAAAUGCAAACAAGAGGAGAAAGGACAAAGAAUGCAAACAGUAUUUAUUUUACUAAUAGUAUUCUGAUGAUCACAUGACCCACCGGCUUGAGCAGUGGCACUCAUCGAGGAGAUGCAUCAAGUUGUGAUUUUUGGACCUGAGGAUUGAAGCCGGACCAGUAUGUUAAAAGACUGAGUAUGUGAGAGACAUUUGAAGUGUUGUGCUGAGUUUGAAGAAAUGAAAAAAAGGCCAAGCGAUGCAAGAGACACUUUGAAAGGGUUUUAUGGUGGUUUAGGAACGUUCUGCAGAAGUUUAUUUGGGAUAGAAGGUUUUUACUAGUUGGUAGACGCUGAAUGACUUAAGUGUUCAUAGGAUUUUUCACUUAUUUGCAAUUUUAUUGUUGAAAUAUGGGCUGAGAUCUAAAGAUUUUAUUUUGACAGGUUGCCUGAGACUUGAUGAUGAUGGUUUUGGCAAUGUAAGUUUGAUAAUAACCCCAGUCAUCUUCAAAAUGUGUGGGAAGGGUUUGAUUACCACAACAACAACAAAAAAGACGCAGAAAUUUCUGACUGAAAAAUUCUGACUGAACGUUGUGCAAGGAAGGAGAAAAAGCGAGGCCUGAUCACACGCUCAGAUCUGUUUAAUGAAAUUUCAGAAUCGUUUUUAACCUGAAUUUGACAAUGCUGCAUGGAGGCUGUGCUGUUUUCCAGGUUUUUAACCCAAAAGCAUCACUUUCGGAGCCCGCAAAGUUUUAUCUUCUGUAUCCUGCAGUGCCACAGUACAGAUACAACACAUGGACGUGUGUGUGUGAGCCUUGGCAUUCCUUUCAAGCAUCUGUAUGAAAUCUUAAGUGCCGACUCUGAAGGUCAGCGUCCUCGAAUCGUCAGGUGCUAGCUGCAAAACUAGCAUCAAGGUGCAAUUUUGCCUUAGGCCUGUCAGUAAUUGUUGAAUGCACGAUACAUAUAAUGUAUUUUACCUGCUCCUAUUCUGUAUUACUACAGUUUCAGUAGACCGUAGAGAAAAUAAGCAACCACAUUAGAUAGCGUGUCUAAACACAACAAAACAUAACUAUAAACCACAGAUAAGAGGAGUGAGACGGGGAAGAGGGAAGCUAGUGUGUUUGUGUCACUUCAGUCAGUGUGUGUAUUAAUGAAAGGGCUGGGUCGGGGGUUUUAUAUUCUAAAAAUCACUUAUUUUACUUUUGCUGGCUACGCCGCUUUGUUGACCUGUGCUUUCUGAUGUAAGCAGUUGUUUCAUGUAUUAUACUGAGGUAGGAUUGUGUAUUUGAUAUAUGAACAUGUAUGUAUGUAUCCAGUGAGGCAACUUGCCGUCUUUCUGCUAUACCUUGCUAGCUGAGGAUAAAGUUUGAUGAAAAAUAUUGAAAAAAGCUUUUUAUAAAAAAAAGUUGUUAUACCAAAACAGAAUGUAGUUAUUUAGAGAAAACAAAAAUGUCAGCCUGAGCUCUUAAGUCUAUUUAAAAAGAACUGAUUGUGUGCAUGGCAUUACACUCCUUUCCUAACCUGAAACAAGCACACAACAAGCAGCAAAAAGAAGGCAACUGACUAUCAACAACAACAGGCUGAGCAGACGUCUGUUCAUCUUUCCGUCACUAACAAACUGUAAAUUGGGGUUGUCCGUUUUUUUGUUUUUUGUUUUUUUUUACUGAAUAUAUUGUGAGCUUUGACUUUUGCAGGAUGAUGUGAUUUUGAAAAUAACGGCAGCACAGGCCUCUGUGAGUUUAAUGUUACUGUGUACUGUCCAAGGCCUAGAAAACAAGGUUCAGUUUCAAAAUGAAAACACUAAACACACCGCAGACACAAUCAGAAUGAUCCCUGGCGCCUACAGGACUGUCUUGAAAUGAGAAGUAAAAGUAGAAAUGUGUCGACAUGGCUGUAGAUACAGUAUUUCUGAACCACUUUACCUGAAAAGUAGCAAAAUUAUUCUACUUUUCCGUCUUUAUUUUGAAGCCUUUGAGAUUUUUUUUUUUUAAGCAUUAGGAUAUCAGGAGGAUGGUUUCUUUUCCUGUCAACCAAAGGUUACAGUUUUGAUCACCGGUGUGUCCUGUUCAAGUGUCCUUCGUUCUCUGUUUGCUCACACUGAAUAAAAUCCUCAGAUAAAUGCCUGAAACAUAAAAUGUACACUGACGUAAACUUGCACAAAGUAUAAAAGAAAAAAGAAAAAUGCAGGACACAUAUUAACCCUUGACAAUAAUGAUUCUGGAUUGUAUUUAUUGGGACAGCCCCAGCAUGAUGUCAGAUUCCUGUUGGUUAACUAUCUGACUUGGCUGUCGUAAUCGGCUCUGUCGCCUGAGGGAAAUGCAGUGCCAGCAACUCUACCAACCAGAAGUGAAAACCGAGGACUUCCGUCUCUGUGAUGCGCCCGUUUCUCCCUGACUCAAAACACCCACACUGGUUCAAGAAAAUACUCCUUGUUCAUGUUUUUAUACACUUUUAAUAAUAUAUAAAAUGAAAAAAAAUUCAUGGACCAGUGUCCCUUUUUAUGAGAGUGAGAAAUGUAACCCCAUAAAUGCAAAGCAGGUACAGCAUCGCUGAUUCUGAUUUGAGAUUAAUUUUGCUACAAGACUUCAGGGACAAAAAGAAAGGGCCCGAUGGGCCUACAGAAACAGUUUUUCCAGACAUCAAAACAUGAUUUGAUCUGUCAGACAAUAUUAAACGCACUUGUUAUACCAGUAUGUAUGAUAUCUUGGUGAGAAUUAUGAGAGUUUAGUGGAAACAUGAGAGGCGACAGAUUUUUUUUUCCCUUCCAGGAUGAAUAACAGAUACAGAUCCUUUUGCGAUGAAUGAUUGUUUUUAUAGUGGCCUAUUCUGGAUGCCAGCUGAGCAUCUACUGUAUCUAAAGCUUUAUUCACAGCACAGUUUGAGUUUUUAAUUAACAGAAGCAAAAAGGCUUUUCCCUUAGUUUACUGCGACACUCAUGCUGUCCUCAUUCCUUCUUCAAAGGACACAAUUAAACCCCCCAAAACCUGUUGGAGUUCUCAUUAAAUAACACUUUGGAAAAGUUAACAGUCAUCAUGCACACUCAGAGGAGUUAUAAUUGUGUGAUUUAUUAUUAUUAUUAUUAUUAUUAUUAUUAUUAUUAUUAUUAUUAUGCUUUUGUUGUUUGAAUUCAUGGUGCAGAGAUGAUUUAUUUAUCAUUUUAAAUGCUGGUAGCUUUGUUUUCACCCAGCAGAAGUGCCCAGGCUUCAGUGCGGGGGACUCACACUGUUUGUGUGUGUGUGUGUGUGUGUGUGUGUGUGUGUAUGUGUAUGUGUGUGUGAGACAAAGCAACCUUAUCAUACAGUAUAUAACCUCUGUCCCUAUGUUAACCACUUGUAUGCUCAUACUCUGCUUUGUUAUUUUAUAGCACAUGUAAGGCUCACAGUUAUACACCUACUAAACAUAUUAUGAAUAUUUUCUCAUUAAAAACAAAACCUGUA